AUGAGUAACAUCCCAGCCCACUAUACACCGCUCGAGUCGCUCCUGUUGUUCCAAUCUCUCGCUUCCCAUGGCGUAGAAGCACAGGUCUUCACCAAGGUCUCCGAUCUGCUGCUGCACAACGAUGCUGUAAAGGACGCCGCAAGCUUCAGCCCUGAUCGUCUGACUCCCGAUGCCCUGCGCGACCUCUACCUGCGCCUGCUGAAGGAAGAGAUCCGCGAUGAGCUCGACCCGAGGUCCGAAAACGAACCGCCCGUCCAGAAUGGCGACAGCCCGUCGAGAAAGCGCAAAGCACCGAGCCCCAGCUUGCCCUCCGUCCAGGAAGCUGCCCAGCACCAGCAUCUGCUGCCCAAGCUGAUCGCGAAGCUGUACACGCGCUACCGUCGCCAUGCCAUCGAGGACAUCCGCGAAUACGAGAAACGUUAUGAUCAUGUCUCACGGGAGCUUCGCGCCAUUCAAAACGGCGAGUGGGAUGAGCGUUUACAACGGGAACACUUGGUCAAUGGCGCGAGGGAGGCGUCCCACGUCUCGCCUACCGCUGCACCAUCACCAGCUGUUCCUCAACCCACCGCUGAAGUUGCGCCGCAGGACGCGCAAGGCCCGGUGAAAGCUCCUGCUCCAGCUCCUGCUACAGCUCCAGCUACAGCCCCUGCCACAGCUCCUACUACAGCUCCUGCUACAGCUCCUGCUACAGCUCCUGCUACAGCUCCUGCUACAGCUCCUGCUACAGCUCCUCAGGCCAGCCCACCUGGCAGCAAAGAGCAGUCUCCUGCUGCCCAGCAAACGCAGGCGCCGCGUCGAUCAUCGGCCAAGAUAGAGAGCAUCAUAAAUCAUCCGUCCGAUUCUCCUGCUAAUGGAAGUGCUUCUCCCCGUCUGAAAUCGGCUGCGCAAUCUCCAACUCAGUCUCAGGCACAAUCACAGCCUCCACCCCAUCAGCGGACCCCGUCACACCCACAGCAACCUCAGCAGCCUCAGCAACCCCAACAGCCUCAGCAACCUCAGCAGCAGCAACCCCAACAGCAGCAGCAACAGCAUGCCCGGGUCCCUUCACAGCCAGCACCCCAGGGUGGCUAUCCUUCGCCGUAUGGUCCGCCACAUGUUGGACGGUCUCAAAGUCCCACCGCCCACAAUGUCCCCAUAAGCUCUCGUCCACCGCAGGGGCAGCCUGUCAUCCUACCUCCGCCUCCGAAUAUGCAGAAUAUACAGUAUCCUCCCCCGCCAUUACAGGUACCGUCGGUGCAAGAAGGAGGUGGGCCUUUCAAUCGACCACCCUCAGGUUCUCCACAUCAGCAUGCAAGGCCGUUUCCGCCUGGACCUCCACCAGGCCCAGCCCCGCAUUCACCAAGCGCUCACCACCCGUCGCACGUACAGCAGCCUGGUUUCUAUCCUCAGUAUCCCGGACAGGCUCCGUAUCCGCACCCUCAACCUAUGUACCACCCACCCGUCCAGCAUCCGUUGCCGCCCAGAGGAGGUGGUGUGAUUUUGGAACCUUUUCAAGUCAUGGCACAAGAUCCUGUCCAAGCUCACAAAGCACAGGAAAGACAGAUGCGUCAGCAGCAAGCACAGGCAGCCCGUCCGCCAUCCGUCCGCCCUCAGCCAUCGCCUAGGAACGCUGCUGCAACUCCUGUCAGACCUUCGCAAGUGCCUCAGUACCAUCCUUCUCCAGGCCAGCACCCGCUUUAUCCACACCCGAGCGCUGCUGCUUCCAUGCGCAGGCCACCUGCUUUGCACGUGAACACUCGUUUUGGUUCUUGGAAGCAACCUCAGCCUCAGAACAAGCCCAUUCACGAAUGGAAUCCGAACCUUCCCAGUCCCAUUUCCCCCGAAAGGUCCCCGGAACUGCACUCUAGCGCUCCGCCAAGCUCCACUUCAAAGUCGAAGCGGGCUGUCAAAUCCAAGGAGAUGCCAGCACCUGAUGCAGCUGAGACACCAAAAGCCGGAAAGGGCUCCCGGAAAGGUGCACGGAAGGUACGAGGCACGAGUGUGGCAUCGUCUGCUGUGACUGGGUCUACUCGUGGAAGGACCAGGAGCCAGUCAGUUGCGUCGCAUGCAGAUGAGCCUGGUCCGGAUGUCAAGGCGGAGCCGAGUACGCCGGCGGAGACUAUGGAAUCAGAUGCGCAGUCCACCACGGAAACCCCUACGUCCGGAGGGCGACGUACUCGUCGGCGGGCUGGAACGCUACAGUCAGUUCUGGAGCAGUCUCAAACGGCGAAUCUCAAACGCAAGCGCGACCCACGUGAAGAGUCCGAGACCGCAGAACCGGAUGUCCCCGAUAUCGACAUCGACAUGGGUACGCCCGGCCCACCUACCUUCGUCAUUGCAAGUCGAAAUUUCGGGCGGAUGAGCGUACCGGUCAUGAACGACAUCACCUCGCACAAGCACGCCAGUCUCUUCUCGCACCCAGUCAAACCCAAGGACGCCGAAGGGUACUACGACAUCAUCCGCCGCCCGCAGGACCUCAAGUCGAUCCGCACCGCCAUCACAAACGGCUCCCGCGCCGUCGCCGCCACGACGCAAUCCACGGCCGACACGCCCUCGGCGAACUCGCCCAGCGGCGGCGCGCCCGCCACGCCGACGCAGAUGCCGAGCACGAGCAGCACCCACAUCACGCUGCCGAUAUCGGAGGAGCUGCUGCCGCCGCGCGGCAUCGUCAACUCGGCGCAGCUGGAAAAGGAGCUGAUGCGCAUGUUCGCCAACGCCGUCAUGUUCAACAGCGGCGAGGACGGCGUCGUGAGCGACGCGGUCGAGAUGGCAAAGGACGUCGAGGCGAGCGUGGCCAACUGGCGCACUGCCGAGCGCACGAGCGUGUACGAGGCCACGAGUAAUGCUAAUGCCGCCGGUGGCAGUGGUGGUGGUGGCGGCGGUGGUGGUGGUGGUACGCCGGCGGAUGGCGAUGAUGAAGUGGGCAAGGGGCGGAGGAAGUUUUAG